UGUGUUUUUCUGUUCAAAGAUGGCUGCGCUCCCGAGUGGAGUGUCCACAAGAUGUCUCAGGACAUGUUUGUUUCGACAAAUAAAAGCGGGCAUUUCCACUGUUCCUUUUGUUAUGACAGAGAACGAGUGGUUUGUACCAAGAUCACAUCUUCACACUGUCAGAGGAAGUAAAGCUUCACUUGGUAGGGCACUGCUUGGGGGUCACAACCAUGGACGGUUCUUAUUGGUCAGCGCUGUGGCAGUUAGACACAGCAGCACUUCAGAGAAAACUGAAGCCUUUCAGAUUGUGUUACCUACAACAGAAGCUGUAGAUGUUGCACUCUCAGCCCCUAUUCUAAAUCCUAUUACUGACCCUGCCCCUGUUGCCAUGCAGCCAAUCACAGAGCAGGUGGCUGAGGCUCCUGUUGCAGCAUUAGAUGUUCUACAGGGAGUUGGUGCUGAGGCCAGCCUGUCAUCGCUUGGCCUGGGCAGCUACACACCUGUCGGCUUGAUCCAGAAUCUGCUCGAGUUUAUGCAUGUUAGCAUUGGACUUCCAUGGUGGGGUGCUAUUGUUGCAGGCACUAUUAUUGCCCGUUGUGUCGUGUUCCCUGUCAUUGUAAAAGGACAGAGGGAAGCGGCCAAGCUGAACAACGUCAUGCCAGAAAUGACCAAACUCACUAACCGCAUGAAUGAGGCCAAGCAGAGCGGUAAUAAAUUUGAAUUUUCAAAGGCCUACACUGACUUGAUGAUGUUUCAGAAGAAACAUGAUGUCAACCCUUUGCGUGGGUUUCUUGUGCCCUUGGUACAGGCUCCAAUCUUCAUUUCGUUCUUCAUUGCCUUGCGCAAAAUGGCAUAUCUCCCUGUACCCAGUUUACAGACUGGCGGCCUCUGGUGGUUCCCAGACCUAACAGCAUCUGAUCCAUUUUACAUUCUCCCCAUAGCGGUGACAGGCACAAUGUUUGCCAUCUUCGAGUUGGGAGCUGAAUCUGGUGUCGACAACCCCAAUCUGAGAGCCAUGAAGACUGUCUUCAGGAUCAUGCCCUUUGUUAUACUCCCUAUGACAAUUAACUUCCCCACAGCUGUAUUUACCUACUGGAUGACCUCUAACGUCUUCUCCCUGGGUCAGGUGGCCCUGCUUAGGCAUCCAGCAGUGAGACAGAAGCUAAGCAUCCCACAACGCAUCGCACACCCACCCUCAGCGCUGCAUAAAAAUGAAGGUUUCAUUGAAAGCGUCAAGAAUGGAUGGAAGAAUGCUCAGUUGGCUCAGCAGCUGGAGGAAAGAGAAAGGAGAAUUAAAGGGCAUCUUGAUAUGGCAGCCAAAGGUCCAUUGAGGCAAACUUUUACCCACAACCCCCUGCAGCAGUCAGCAGCACCAAUGUCAACGGGAAAGGCAACUGUUCCCAAACAAGAUAAGAAGAGACCCUGGGAAGACACGAUUGGCUAAAAGAUCAAUGGCAAAUUGUGCCAUAGCUUUGUACAUAUGUAUUAAGAUGGACUGAGGAACUGAUGGUAAAAUUAAGUCUGAGUGUGCAAUGGAAAAGUUGUUGUAUUAUGUAUUCAUAUUAAAGAGCAAUUUGGUUGCCUUACUGUUGUCUUCUGUCUUUUAAAAAUGAAUCUCCCACUUUUAUUUGUCCACCAGGGCACAUAAAUACUCUCCACUCACAGAUUAAAAGCACAUUAACUGAUUUUUUUAGCCAAAAACAAACAGAAUUGUUUGUCCUUUAUUGUGGUGUUUUGUCUUAUUCAACCAGAGUUAUCACACUUCCACAAUAACACUGUCCUAGUCAUUUCAAUAUUUUUAGAAAUACUGCUUAUGAUAUUUCAAAAACAUAUGAAUAUUAUAUGUGUUGUCACAUUUAUUUUCCCCACAAUGUUGUGUUAUUAGUUCUUUAGUGUAUAAGCAUUAAAAUGUAUAUUUAAUUGAAAUCUUGUCAGCUAAAAGGUAUUCAUAUACAAAACCAUUCACAUUACAUAAAGCUGGUACAAAUUUCACAUAGUAUUUAAUCUUUUAUCAGUGCUAUCAUUUCAUCAUCUCACCAAGCCCUGUAACAACCUCAAUUUUCAAAGGUAGUUUCCUCUUGAGUUUAAAAGGUAGUCGUUUACUAGUCCCUAUCAUUUUAAAACCAGUGACAAACUUAAUAAAAGCCUCUUUUCAACAUAAAUAUCUUCAAUAAAUAUAAAGGACAUUACUUAAAGGUUCUCACUUCAUAUGAUUGAUCUAAAAUCUCAAAUGUGUUAAUCAACAUCAAUAGAGGUUGUCACAACAGUGGCCUCUUUCAAUGGGGUGGGUGUUUUCCAGAUAUAGUUGGUCAGUGUACUGUCCUCUUACUGUUUUUCAUCAUCUGUGUCCAUCUCGGUAAGAACACAGUAGCACACCUUCUGAAUGAGCACACCUGAAGAUGC